AUAUCAGAACUGAGGAGUGCUGGUUCCCAGCUUCCCUUGAGGCUGCUGGGCUGCACUGCCUUUAAACAAAGCUUUCCAUUUAAUUUCCCCAUUUUUUUAAGGAGGCAGGCAAACAAACAGCUCCUCUUUCCUGACUUCACGGCCCUGCCCCGGGGCGGGGGGACAUUCUCCCUUUUGGAACUCAGCUGUCAGAGCCGCCCAGAACCCCUGCCAGAGCUGACAGCUUUGCGACCAGCUGGCCCAACAUGGCAUUUGUUACUUCUGAAUCCUGUCGCCACAUCUAGCCUGGAGACCCCUCAGCAGGGGCUAGCCACAUGGAAAGUUCGUGUGUGAAGUCCAGCCAGUUCGGAGCUGUCCAUGUGCAAAAUCCAUUUCACCCUGGAAUAAGUCUCAACGCCAGACCAGUUCAGGCUUCCAAAAGGAAGUCACUGCGUGGGCUGAGACCAAACGUGGAAACCCUGAACGCCACUGGGGCACAUGAAAACAAAGGGGUCUCUUGCAACCCAUGUGUGAUGCUGGCACCCGCGCCAGGAUCCCCAAUGAGAGCAGAUGGGGCUGGGGGCGCUCGCUGCGUGCAGGAGGCCCAUGAAGGGGCAGCUCUGGGCAGGGUCUCCCCUGUAUUCCCUUUCUCUGCUUUCAGGGUGUUUACCUGCUCUGAAGACGAAGGAGGAAGGUGUCCUCUCCCAGAUGCACCAGAUCAUCACUCACCUCAGGAAACAGAAAUACAACGCUGACUACGAUCUCUCUGCGAGACAAGGGGCAGAUACACUCGCCUUUGUGUCUCUGCUAGAGGAGAAGCUGCUGCCCGUGUUGAUUCACACGUUUUGGGUAGACGCAAAGAACUAUGUGGAGCACACGCGGAAAUGGUAUGCGGAAGCCAUCCCCUUCCCGCUCAACUUCUUCCUGCCCAAUCGCAUGCACAAGCAGCGUCUGGAGCGGCUGCAGCUGAUCUGGGGGGAGAGCUGCUUGGCGGACGAGGAGGAGCUGGAGAAGGAAAUGUACCGCGAAGCCCGGGAGUGCCUGACGCUCCUGUCUCAGCGCCUUGGGGACCAGAAGUUCUUCUUUGGAGACUCCCCUGCUUCCCUGGACGCGUUCGUCUUCAGUCAUCUGGCGCCUCUCCUGAAAGCCAAGCUGCCCAACGGGAAACUGCAGCAGCACCUGAAGUCUCUGCAGAACCUGUGUGACUUUUGCUCCUCCAUCCUCAGCCUCUACUUCCCCUGGGACGGAGGGGAAGCCCCGUCCAGCGCCCCCAAGACGUCUGCCUCCGAAGGGACCGAGUCUGAGGAGGAGCCCUACAAAUGGCGCAACCAGAUCUUGUCGGUGCUGGUGGGACUGGCGGCGAUGAUUGGCUAUGCCUUCCUCAGCGGGAUCGUCUCCAUCCAGCGGGGCCCUCCUGGGGCUGCUGGCCCCCGGCCAAUAGCCAUGGAGGAGGAGGAAGAGGAGGAGGAGUGAGGCGCUGGUCUCAGGGCUUUGGUUCUCACUCGUCUCAGUAUCACUUGAACUGACUCUUUUUUUACAGUGCUGGGUACUGCCUAGUCUGAUUCCUGCAAACUGCCUCUGUGUCCCGGCAGGACCCAGUGGCCCUGUUCAGUCCGGAUCCCGGCGCUGCUACAAACACCAGCCCAGAUUUCUAGACUGUGUCGCAAGCAGUCUGCCCCCCACUAAUAAACCUGGAGC